CUGAGUAAAUCUUCUUUUUUUUCAGCAUUGAAGACCCUCCUAUAUGCAGUGGGGUGUCUUCUUAAACCAGAUAUCCACAAGGAUAUCCAUCAUAAGGUAAUUCACCUACUACAUCAAGUGCAACAGAAUCCCAACAACCUACCAGUUCCCUACUCAGACCGUUCUUGUCGGCUAGAACUUUAUUCAGUUCUUAUAGCAGCAGUUCUUAGUCCCCAUCCAACUUGGCCUCCACCUCUUCAACCAGCUGUGAAAAUUUUUACCAAGGGGCAGCAGGAACAAGAUUCACAGGUGAGUGAAUUCUGUAUGGCUGCCCUAGCAACAUGUGUCACCAUCCUACAUCCUCGAGUUGCAAUCAUACGUCCAUCUAGUAUCUCUGCUGCAAAUUCUGGUACCGUAGUUGGCCAUACAGUUCCUUCCUUGGUUCCACACAGAAACAUUCCAGCUAUGAACGGUGACCCUGUCACUACUAUUGCUAGAAGCUGCAUCUUCCCACCACCUCAUUCCAGGGACCAAAAAGAAAGCUAUAACAGCAAUGUGACCAGAAUUGUUGAAAGACAAGAGGUCACCCCUGUAUCUAAUCUUUCUAUUUCAAGUGAAGCUCACGUGCAUUUUGUAUCUGAACAAGAAGGAAAUGUUGGGAAUUCCCAGUGGAUGAGGACACCCAUAAGUAGCCACAUGUUUCAUGUUAAUGCUAAGAGUGGAGAAGAGAGACUAGGCUUAACGCAUGAGGAUGGCAGAAAUGCUAGGUUUCAUGAGCAUGUGCCAGUUAAAGAGAAUCUUCAUGAAUCCACACCAGCUAAAUCCAGUCUUCAUGAACCUGUAUCAGUUGAAGCACAUCAACUCUCUACUGUGCAUUGGGAGAAUCAGCAAACAUCCAAAAUGAACAAGCAUGUGUUUAACCAAGUCCCUGUGAAUCUAAGGACACAAACUCUUUUACCCCAGAACACUGUACAAAAUGGGAUGAGUCAAAAUGCUAGAGAUUUAGUGAAGCCUGUUAUAUCUGCAGUUUCUUCAUCACCUUCUCAGAAUGUAUCUAGUGCUGUAACAAUGGUGUCUCAGCGCAUGGAACAUUCUGAAAAUGUAGAAGUAAAUGUUGGUCCAGAUAAGGUUGAUGUGCAUGAAAUUGAUAAAGAAAAUAAAGAGGUUGAAUUUGAAACAGGUGCUAAUACUUAUACCCACAACACUACUGUAAAUCUUGAACUUUACAAGAAGUUCCCUCCUGACCAUAAUUUGUGUUCUGGUGAGAAAAGUGUUGCUAUUGAAGAUGAAGAACCGGAAGUAUUAGAUGAAGAACCCGAAGACUUAGGUGAAGAGGCAGAUAUGAUGGAUGAAGAAGUUGAAGGAUUUGAUGAGGAGGCAGAAGUAUUGGAUGAAGAUUUGGAAGUUCUAGAUGAGGAAGAAGGUUUAGGUGAUGAUCCAGAAGUGUUGGAUGAAGAACCAGAGAUGUUAGAUGAAGAGCCAGAGAUGUUAGAUGAAGAUGAAGAAGGACUGGAUGAAGAUGCUGAAAUAAUGGAUGAAGAACCAGAGGUACUAGAUGAAGAACCAGAAGUUCUUGAUGAAGAACUAGAAGAUGAAUCUGAUGAAGAGCCAGAAACUGUUGAAGAAAUAAAAAAUUGUGUGACUCUUCAAGGAGUUACUUGUUCAAACAGCCAAAAUGAAUCACAGUUAAUUGCUGAUACUUCACGAAAUGGUGAUGUUCUUUUUUCUGAUACUGCUUUACCCAAUCAAAACUUACCAGAAUCAAAUACAGUUGCUGUAACUUUAGACAGUACUAGUAUUAUCAUAUCAAGUGCUGUGUCCCUUAGAGAGGAAGGUGUUUCUUACAGCCAAAAUGUACCAGAGUUAAGUACAGCUGCUGUAGAGAUAGAGAAAGUUGAUGCCAUCUCUGAUAAUCUACCUGUUGAAGAAAUAGCUCUAUUCAAUAACCAAAGUGAACCAGAACUAAAUACAGUACCUGUUGGUCCAGAAAGCGGUGAUGCCACAUCAUCUCAUGUCAUCUCUGAAAAAGAAACUCAUUCAGAUAUCCGGAAUGUACCAGAAUUAAUUACAAUUACCAUUGCAUCAGAAACUGGUGAAGUAACCUCAUCUGAUACCCCGUUGGAUACAAGCAUUAAGUUGGCCACUGAUAUUUCUUCUGUUCACACCACAAGAAAUGGAAUCAACCAUCUACCUUCUCCAGGAUUGCAUACUCACAAUGAAGUUGUGGACCUUAAGGAUGAUACUAUUGAAUUUAAAGCUUCACGAGGAGAGAAAAGACCAUUGCCAGAGGAUUCUGAGAUUAAUGAGGAACCAGAACUGAAAAAACUUGCUGACCAACCUGAGAUCUCAGAAGAUCCAUCAGAUGCUGAUGUGAAUGUUAUGAUUAAGUCCUUCGUCAACAGUUCUCCUGACCAUAAAGAGGAUAUGUGAUACUUGUUAAGUUGUAGCAGUGUUCUGGAGUUGGGAUGUACAACUGAUCAGUGACGUGAAAAUAUUUGGUCUGCUAGACACUCUUCGGCAUCUUCAAGCAUUCAUUAUGCUGAAGCAAUUGUAACAAUCAAGUAAAAUCCUUUAUUUGGAGUUCAUUAAUCUAUGUUUUGAAGCUAAUAAAACAGGAUAAUUAAACAUUA